CUAAGUUGCCUGCUGGCAGCUGACGUAUCCAUAUGACGAACACGUUGUAAUACUGAGAGGAUUUAAAGAAAAGUGGGAAAGUGGAAUGGAUUUAUUUUUUCUUUAAUUUUUUUUAAAAAAAUUACAAGCAGUGGAUGAAAUGAGAUUGUGAAAGGUAAGGUGUCGCUGAGUUAAUCUAGCUAAGAAGCUGUUUGAAAGAAGACCGCCACUCACACCAAACUCUAUUGAGAAAACUGCCAAUUUUAAGACUAGAGCACAUCUCGGUUUUCAUAAUAGCGUAUAUCACCAGGAGCUUAUUUUGAAAUUGAUUACACUUUCUGAUAUGCUGUCUUUCCAUAAACAUAACUAUUAUUAUUGUUAUCAUUCAUUUCAACAUUUUGUUUUCUAACUAGGAAACAAUGAAUUCACAUGUUUGUUAUAAUUCUUCGUUUAUUUAUCUGGAAACAGAAGCCUCUGAGGUAAAAGCAGUGACGCUAACAACUAUUUACUGUUUGUCGCAUCGCAGAGGAGCACACCCUGCUGCAUCCGGGUGUCCUCAAGCUGCACCUGUUGCUGUUUAACCAGGAUAAACAGUGCUAUUCUUUCCAAGACGACCGCUACAAAUGCCUGUGCUACCGUACUGUUUACUAUGCCAGGAAAAACCGUAUGCUCCAAUCAUAGAUUAUAUAUCUUCACAAUUAUGAGUGUUUUGAAUGCGGCAUGCCAGAAUUACCCAGUAACAUGCUGUGAUAUUUCAAUUUCUCAGUAGUUUCUGAACGGAAAUGUAUUAGACUAAUGUGAAAUCCUGGACUUUAAACCUCUAAAACUUUUUUUUUAUUCAGGAGUGCCGGAAUUAACUGCUGCAAUGGAAACCCUGCCAGCCGGUUGGACGGUGUACACCUGUGAGCAGGAAAGAGCUGAGACAGGCCUGUUGAAGGGAGAAUCUGACGAUACUAAAGAAAACACACAUAUUCAAGAUCUGUUCCAUGAAGAUGCAAAGGGUUUUCAGCAGUCUAAUCAGCCAUGGUGGAGGAUCAAAGUAUUUGUGUGGGAGCCGGUGCUUUUUGGCACCUGGGAUGGAGUCUUCACCACCUGCAUGAUCAACAUCUUUGGUGUGGUUCUGUUCCUGCGUACUGGCUACCUGGUGGGGAACACAGGAGUGCUGCUUGGGAUGGUUCUCGUCUCCAUGGUUGUGUUGGUUGCUUUAGUGACAGUUAUGUCAGGAAUCGGAGUGUCUGAACACUGUGGUGUUGGGAGUGGAGGAAUCUACUCCAUGAUCUCUACCAUCCUAGGGGGAAGGGUCGGGGGCACUGUUGGCCUCCUUUAUGUGUUUGGGCAGUGCGUCGCUGGGGCGAUGUACAUCACGGGGUUCUCCGAGUCAGUGGCAGAACUGCUGGGUCUUCAGACUCAGUGGGCGGUGCGCUGCAUGUCAGCAGCAGUGCUGCUAGGUCUGCUUGGAAUCAACUUGGCUGGUGUCAAGUGGAUUGUCAGACUUCAGCUGCUCCUCCUGGCUGUUCUGGCCAUCUCUACCCUGGACUUUGUCAUUGGCACAUUCACACACCUUGACCCAGAGCACGGUUUCAUUGGUUAUUCAGCUGGGCUGCUCAGUAGCAACACUAUGCCAGAUUAUACCACUGGGGAAAACUUCUUUACAGUAUUUGGGGUUUUCUUCCCUGCUGCUACAGGGGUUAUGGCAGGCUUCAACAUGAGCUCAGACCUUCAGCGACCUGAGCACAACAUCCCCGUGGGAACACUAGCAGCUGUCUUCACCUCGUGGUUCCUGUAUCUGGUCUUUGUCUUUCUCCUGGGGGCCAUCUGCACCAGAGAAGCUCUACGCUGUGACUUCUUGAUAGCUGAAAAGGUCUCCUUGGUGGGUUUCCUCUUUCUGCUGGGCCUCUACAUCUCCUCCCUGGCUUCCUGCAUGGGCGGCCUGUAUGGAGCACCCAGGAUCCUUCAGUGCAUCGCCCAGGAGAGGGUCAUUCCCUGUCUGGCCUUUUUGGGAAGAGGGAAAGGCCCAAACAAGACCCCGGUGGCGGCUAUCUUUCUGACGAGCCUGGUGACAAUGGCCUUCAUUUUCAUCGGCCAAGUCAACGUACUGGCGCCCAUCGUCACCAUCAACUUCAUGCUCACCUACAGCUUUGUCGACUACUCCUACUUCAGCGUGGCCAUGACCUCCCACCUUCAGAAUAAAGAUAAGAGGGACACCGCCAUAGUGGGCAAAAGAAACCAGCGCAGGUCCACCAGGCACAGCAGCACGUCACUGAUUCAAGCCAAUCUUCCAAACUAUGGCAGUGAUGGCGGGAGUCCGCAGAGUAAAGGCACUCUGCUGGAGUUCACUAGGGACAUGGACCAGAUAUUUCCACCUGUUUCAAAUGUGGACUCUGCAGCUGAGAAGACCUCCUGCAUGCAAGACAUGUACAACACAUCCAAGAACAGAAAGGCUACUGCUAAGCAGAAGCUAAUGGACAGCUUUGGUUUGGACUCGAACUCCAGUGUUUCCUCAGAAGAGAAAGAAGAGGGGACAAGUUCUGCUUCACUAGCAGAGGAAGACCAGGGGCCGGGUGGAGGAGGAGAGCUCAAGGCUGGAGAGGAGCCUCAAAUCACGGGCUAUAAAGAUAUUGGUCACGUUGAGCAGGAUUUGCCUGCUGAGACUCACAAUUACAGCACAGGCACUGGAGAUAAAGCAGAACACCAAAGCUUUGAAAUCCAACCCAAGCACAAUUCCUUCUAUGCAAAGUUGUGUAACCGCUGGAUCGCUCUCAUUGGGGCAUUGAGCUCCAUAUUGAUUAUGUUUGUUAUUCAAUGGGUUUAUGCCUUAACAAACAUAAUAUUUGCCUUGCUGCUCUUCUUCUACAUCGGGAAAACAAGUCCUGGACUACCAAGAGGAAUUGCAGCUCAGUUCAGCUUUUUCACGUGGUUCAAAUCAACACUGAGUAGCAUUUGCAGUAGAAAAGCAUCACCCCGGGAUGAGAUCGUAGUGACGCCCUCUUUGUCUGGGACUCUGGGGCUGAAAACCAAGCAGCUGACGGAGGAAAAUGCUGACUUUGCCUCUCGUCACCGCUGUCAUCAAUCGUCGUUCAUCAGGGCCGACAAUAUGGUCCAACCACCAUUUCACUGACCGAAUUAAACACUGCCUCAGUUAUGCGUCGCAGCUGACAGCCUGAAUACCACAUUUUCUGCCUCAAACGGUGUCUCAUGUUGCACUACGGGCAGAAUACUGCUCACAUGUUAAGAAUCUCAGUGGCUCGAAUUGUUUUCCUGUGGUGGUUCAAGGAAAUCAAAGCUUUGCACAAAGGUUAUGUGGAAGAAUAAGAUACAUCAGAGAAAGGCGAUAGCUAAAAUGUGCAGGUUUUCAUGCAAACAGACAAAUGCAGAGAUUUAUUAUUUCCUCUUAAUAUAAACUUCAACUUUAACUCUUUCAUUUUCAACUGGGUUUUUUUUUUUUGUUUGUUUUUUUUUGCCGUUCCAUUACUCUAAAAUGGCCUUUUAAAAUGCAAAACUUUUAAAACAUAGUGUAUAGUUUAUAGAUGACAAAUACUUUAUCUUAUAUAUGGGACUUUUUUUGUCACAGCUGUUGAAAUAAUAAUAAUAGCAAUAAUGAAAAGCUAAUCUCUGCCCCAAUAACCUGUCCAGUUAGUGGUCCAGAGGUUGGUGAGGAUGAUUGAUAAUCCACAAUCACUUUAUUCAGUAUGUUGCUGUCACAAACUCUGGUGCUGCUAACCCAGCAGAGCACAGCAAAGUACUUUACACUCACUACAGCUCAUUGAUAGAAUAUCUCUAUCAUUUUGCUGCAUACACAGAACAAGGAGCUGUGUGGGCUGUAAAACUGCAAAAGUCUUCUAUAAAUGCCGAUCUAUUUCCAAUCAAACCUAAAGCUAAUUUCAGCUGCUCCCUUCUCAUAAGGGAUUGCCAUAGUGAUUAGCUCCAUGUGUUUUUAUUUGACAGUUUUACGCUGGAUGCUCUUCCUGCCAGGAUCUUGAUCGGCCUUAGUAACCCAUGCCACGAAGCUCUCGGUGGACAGUUUUUGUGCUGAUGUUAAGAAGUUUGGAGCUCUGCAGUCACUGAGUCUGUAAGGCGUCGGCGACUUUCAUGCCCUUCACACCUCAGAACGCAGUAACCCUGCUCUUACCUUGCAUGGUCUACCACUAUGUGCCUGAAUUGUUUUAGCUCCUAAAUGCUUUUGCUUUGCAAUAAUAAUAUUGAGACAUUUUACAAAGUACUUGUUGUGAUAGUGAUAUCUAUUACGCUACCAUACUCAAAUUCAGAGAGCUCUUUACAAUCAGUUUUUUUGAAAAAAAUGUUUUUAAAGGUAGACUGCAUGGAUAGGUGCUUGGUGUUAUACACCUGUGACAAUGGGACUAAAAAUACUUGAAUUCCAAGUCUGUAUAAUGUGUUCAUAGCAAGUAUCAAAUAAUGAGGUUUUUUUUCCCAUGUGUGUAAAGCACUUUAACAGCUCUCCUGGUUAAAAAAAGAAAGAAACAAAAACCUUUGAAGACACUAUAUGGUGUGAAUUAAAUGCAUGCUAAAUGUU